GGUGACUUGCGGAGCGACCAAUUUUCUUACAUACAGCUCGCAGGUGCCCACAGAACAGCCAUGAGCCUGCAGCCUCGGGCUUGAACGGAACACCAGAACCAAAAGAGAGAGAGAGAGAAAAUCAAGGCACACGCUACUAUACCAUGUCACUCUGGAGGGCAUACCAAGGCCUGUCUUCAAAGGCAAGGCUUGGCGUGGGUAUCGGGCUCCUCGGCUGGGGGGCUAUUGGCCUUUGGAUGUCUGAUCGGGCAGAAGAAAGGUUUGGCUACACUCCAUCCGACCAGGACAAGGCGGCGCUGGAGUUGCUGAAGCCCAAGAUCCAUGUGGUAGACCGUGAACAGAAGUCAUGAGGAAAGUCUUGCAGUUUUGAGGAGCAGCCCGCGGGAUUUCAGAGGUCUGCCACGCAGGGGAGCUACAACCAGAGUCCUCCCAGACAGGUUUUUAUCCCAGAGGAAACGAUUCUCGAAGAGGCAAUUGUCUCCUACGAGGAUAAGAGGAUCUACUACAUGAGGUUACAAGGUUGCCCCAUAUGAGGCUGGGGGAUCGUCCUACAGGAGCCACCAAGGACUGUCGUCGUACCUUGACCAUUUUAGUGACGGACCGUCGCACAAAAUGAAGGAUUAAUCUGUUCACGCUUGUGAUAAGUUGUGCUAGAACACCCUGUGCACUUUUACUAGGCAGAGUGGUCGCGCACAUUCAACAUUGGUCAACAUCACUUCCUCUCCAGGCAUACCUACCCAUACUGAAACUUAAUGACAACCUGAGUUUUAUUC